AUGAAUGGAAUCAGAGUGCAAGAACUGAUGACUAAUAAAUUUAGGAAUUGGGACUUUUACACUAGUCCUGUUACGGAGGGAAGAAUCUUGAUUAUAUGGAGUAAAGUAUUUGUCAAGAUUAUUUUAGGAGACUUUAAUGCUAUUUUUACCGCGAGGGAUAGAAGUGGAGGAAAGCCUGUUUCUAAGAUGGAGCUCUUGGAUUCGUCUCAGUGGCUUGCUGUGAAUCAUUUGGAAGCUCUUAAAAGCACUGGCUCUUUUUUUACUUGGACUAAUAAUCAAGAUGGAUCUGCUCGUAUUUACUCCAAGAUAGACCAUGUUUUUAUAAAUGAGGAAUGGCUGGAUAUGUUUCCUAACACAUCAGCCAUGUAUAAUUGGGAAACAAUCUCAGACCAUUGCUCAUGUACUAUUUCUGUAAUGACAGUGGAGAAUAUGGGUGUAAAGCUGUUUCGUUUUUACAACUUCUUGGCUUAUCAUGUUAACUUUAAGCAGAUGGUAUUAGAUAGUUGGAGGAAGCCGCUAAAGGGGACAGGAGUCCAUUUUCAAAAAUCCAAGGACCAAUAUCAGGAAGCAUUGUUUCUUGCUCAACUCCAUCCUAUUAAUCUUGCUCUUCAAGACAAAGUUAAGGUUACUGCUGAAAAUUUCAGAAUUCAAGAGCAAAUAGGUAUAAUGGGAAGACCUAGUUCAGCUUCUAAGCAGUGUGUUGAGAUGGGUUCAAAGCUUUCUUUAGAUCAGCAGCUGCUAUUGUUGAACCCUUUCACUCAUAAGGAAAUUCGAGAUGCCAUGUUCAAUAUUUCUACUAUCAAAUCUCCGGGCCCAGAUGGUUAUGGUUCAACUUUCUUUAAGGUGUUGUGGCAGGACAUUGGUGAUGAAGUUUGUAGAGCAAUAGGUCAAUUUUUUGAGACAGAUGACUUGCUGCUAUUUUGUAAAGGUUCCCUGUCAACAGUUAAAGUUCUUAAGAAUGUGAUUGGGGAGUUUAGUUCUGUUACAGGGCUUCAAAUCAAUGAGAGUAAAUCUCAGGUUUACUUUGGGGGAGUUUCAGCUGCUGAAAAACUCCAGAUUUCUGCUGAGUUGAAUCUGUCAGAGGGAUCAUUUCCUCUUAAAUACCUUGGUGUCCCUAUGAGACCUACCAAAUGGAAGCAUGAAGACUGUGAUAUCAUAAUUCAAAAAAUCAAAAUGAGAUUGCACACUUGGGCAAGUAGACACCUAUCUUUUGCUGGUAGAAUGCAACUAAUCCAUUCGGUUCUGUUGGAUGAGUAUUUUUGUCCUUCCCCAAAGCAUAAUUAA